UUUUUUUUUUAAUUGGAGAAUAUGUGUGGAUUUACAGCUUAUCUUCAUUUUGAUACAGUUUCUAAAGAUGGUGGUGUCCAUUUACCAGCUUUAGAUCUUGAAAGUUCACUUGAUUUGAUUCAUCAUCGAGGUCCUGAUUCUCGUGGUAUUUACAUCUCCUCGGAUGGUCGUUGUGGUCUUGGUCAUGCUAGAUUAUCUAUUAUCGAUCUUGAAGGAGGACAACAACCUCUUAGUAAUGUAGAUAAUAAUAUUCAUGCUGUGGUCAAUGGAGAACUUUAUGAUCAUGAUCGUCUUAUGAAAGAACUCAAAGAACAAGGUCAUCAUUUUAAAACAAAAUGUGAUAGUGAAUUAGCUUUGCAUUUUUACCAAGAUUAUGAUACUGACUUUUUGGAACAUUUACGUGGUGAAUUCGCCGUGGCUAUUUGGGAUGAAAGAAAUAGUAGAUUACUUCUUGCUCGUGAUCGUUUUGGUAUCAAACCUGUCUAUUAUACUAUUAUUAACAAUACAUUGAUGGCUGCUAGUGAAAUCAAAGCAUUCUUGGCUUUUGGUUGGAAACCUGAAUGGGAUGUUGACUCUAUUGUGAACGAUGGUCCUUCUGCUGAUGGUCGUACUUGUUUUAAAGGUGUCUACAAGUUACCUGCUGGACAUUAUCUGACAGCUACCUCAAGUGGAAGUAUUUAUUGUCGUCAAUACUGGGAUGCUGAAUAUCCUGAUAAGAAUGUAGAAGAUACGCGUACAGUAGAAGAAAUGGUGCAAGGUGUUCGUGAACGUCUGAUUGAAGCUGUGCGUCUUCGAAUGCGUGCUGAUGUUCCUCUUGGUAUCUAUCUUAGUGGUGGUAUUGAUAGUUCUGCCAUUGCUGGUGUAGUCACUGACUUGUUACGUAAAGAUAAUCCUGAUGCUAAAGUAGAUACUUUUGCCAUCUCUUUCACUGAUGGUAAGAACUUUGAUGAAGGUGAUAUUGCUGAACGAACAGCUGCUUUUUGUGGUGCUAACUUCCACAAGUUACCUGUAUCCCAACAAGAUUUAAUUGAUAACUAUGCUGAUGCUGUUUGGCAUACUGAACAACCUUUACCUAAUUUGAAUGCUUCUGGAAAAUUUUUACUCUCAAAAUAUUGUCGUGAUGCUGGAAUCAAGGUUGUGAUGACUGGUGAAGGUAGUGAUGAGCAUUUUAUUGGUUACGAAUUCUUUUAUACUGAUUAUUUACGAGAAGCUGACAAGUCUUCUCCUGGUGGAUUUGGAACACCUACUGAAGAACGCCGACUAAAGUUAUUCAAGGAAAGAACAGAAAAUCCAACCAUGAUGCACUUCAAAUUGAACCCUAUGGCAGAUUCCCCUACAGCUCAUCGUUGGAACAACAUUGUAAUGCAAGAUUACUUUGGAUCAUUGAUCAGCUUGCCUAAAGAUGCUUUCACAGAUAAGGUCAUCAAACGUCAUGGUCCUCCUGGUUAUGGUACCACUUAUUUGGAAUUCCUCAGUCCUAUCAGUAGAGCUAAAGCUCGAAAAACCUGGCAUCCUGUACAUGCUUCUUUGUAUUUGGAAAGUCGAACAUUUCUUCCCAAUAUUUUAUUGAACUUCCUUGGUGAUCGUACCGAAAUGGCGCACUCGAUUGAAGCUAGAACUCCAUUCUUGGAUCAUCAUCUUUGUGAAUAUGUCAAUAGUCUUCCACCUUCAGUCAAGCUUCGUGGCGAUGGAGAAAAGUUGAAUGAAAAAUGGAUCCUUAAGGAAGCAAUGAAACCAUACAUCACCGAAGAAGUUUACAACCGCACCAAACAUCCAUACGUUGCACCACCUAGUACCAACAGUGCAGACGCACCGCCAUUACAAUUGAUUAACAAGUAUCUUACAAAGGAAAAGGUCGAACAAUUAGGAUGGGCCAACUGGACUUUUAUUGAAUCGCAACGGGACUAUUGGAUGGCUUCAGGAGAUCGCUUGGCUUUCAAGGAUAUCUUUGUAGUUAUCUCAUAUGUGAUUCUUAGCGAAAGAUUCGGUGUAGCUCCUGCCAUUUUUUAGUUUUAGAGUUUAUUAUAGUGUUUAGUAUAGAUACGUUACUAUUAUUACUUUUUUUUUUAUUGUCUAUUUUACUCAAUAAAAUAAAUUUUAUAUGUCACGAUA